GCCGGCCCUCAGGGCGGGGGCAGUACUGAGGAAGCCCGGGCAGGAGUUGCACCGGGCGGUGACUAGAGGCCGCUUCCCCCGACGGGGAAAGGGCCAUGAACGGCACCGCGAACCCGCUGCUGGACCGAGAGGAGCACGGCCUGAAACUCGGCGAGAGCUUCGAGAAGAGGCCCAAGUCCUCCUUCCACACGAUCCGCUAUGAUUUCAAACCAGCCUCCAUAGACACAUCGUGCGAAGGGGAGCUCCAGGUGGGCAAGGGGGACGAGGUCACCAUCACGCUGCCGCACAUCCCCGGAUCUACGCCUCCAAUGACAGUUUUCAAAGGAAACAAAAGACCAUAUCAGAAAGACUGUGUUCUCAUCAUUAAUCAUGACACUGGCGAAUAUGUGUUGGAAAAACUCAGUAGCAGCAUUCAGGUCAAGAAGACAAGAGCUGAGGGAAGCAGCAAAAUCCAGGCACGAAUGGAACAACCCCCUGCACGGGCACCACCACCUCCCAUACCAUUUAGAGCCCCAAUGAAGCCACCGAUUGGACCAAAAACCUCUCCUGUGAAAGAUAACCCUUCCCCUGAACCCCAGUUGGAUGACAUUAAGAGAGAGCUGAGAGCCGAGGUGGAGAUCAUCGAGCAGAUGAGCAGCAGCAGCGGCAGCAGCUCCUCUGAUUCGGAGAGCUCCUCGGGCAGUGAUGAUGACGACAGUUCUAGCAGCGAAGGCGAGGAGCCGGCCGCCCGAGCCUCGCCCUCCCAGCCUCCUCACCAGCAGUUCAGUCACAGAAACCCUGUGGCCAAUGGCACCAGCCGCCCCCCCGGGAAUAACCAGCUAAUGAACACAUUGCGAAAUGAUUUGCAACUAAGUGAGUCUGGCAGUGACAGCGAUGACUAGCAUUGGAGCUUCCUGCAUCUGUCUCUGGUAGAACACCCGGGAACUGGAGGACACAAGCAGAAACCCACCACCAAGGAGAGCACUUGGCCAUUAGUGAGCCCUGAAUUGUCACUGAGCCCGAGCAGGAGUGCUCUUGUAUAUAUUAUGUGAAUACAGUUUUAAAAGUUUUACCUAGGUCUGUAGAAUAACCCUGUAGGAGGGUUUUGUUGUUUUUUGGUUAACAUUGUGGAUGGAAAACCUGAUCAGUUGGUGGGGUGGGGAAUUGAGGGUAUGAGGUGUUGGGUGUCUUGGUUAUUCAUAGGUUGAGUGAUAGAUAUCCUUGGCAGUCACUAGUUUGGACGUGUCAUCUUCAUUGCCGAAGCAAAUUCUUUGGCCUUUGGGGGGGAAAACAGCACCCUAAAGUGUAUCAAAGUCUCUUCUAAUUAUUGACUAUCUGAAGAGGAAGGUUGUAACCUUCCUUGCCUAAUUAGACCUGACAGACCAGUAGAGACGAAUUUAAUCAUAGAUUUUCAGAGGUAGAGAGAACAUUAUAUAUGAUCCAGACCAAGUGGGGAAGUAUUAAGAGAGCCUGAGGCACACUUCUACUUAAUAAUAGAGAUAGAUGUAAAACCCAAGAUUCCAGCACUUUCUGUACUGUACCAUAAUGCCUCCCAUUAUAUUUAAUUAAUCCAAUAUUUAUUGAACACCUACUGUGUGCAGAGCUUAGGUAUGUAGCAGAAUCAAUGAUCUGUGUACAUAGAGCAAUCAGAUACAUAUUGGAGCUUUGUAGCUAGACUGUGAAAGUCAUGACUACCGUGUUACUUCUAGUUUGAAUUUGGGCCAGUAAAAGCUGGCUCUGUACAAGACAGAAGAACCUUAUGUGGAGGAGCAGUGACUGUAUGAAAUUGGAGUUAUAAGAGAAAACCAUGAGUCCGUGUCCAGCUUUCAUUGGACAUAAUUGAUUCAGUGGAUUUUAAAAGGAAUGAGUUUUUAAAAAAAAGAAAUAAUAGGAAUGGGUAUAAGUAAUAGGGGUUAGAGGAGAAAACUACUGAAUGUAUGAACUAGAAGUGAGUUUUUAAAAAUAUCCCAGGAGGAGUUUAAAAGUAUCAAACAAGAGUACCAUAACUCUACUUGAUUUGGGGAUUCCCCUUCCCCCUACACCCCCAUGCUUUUUAUACAACUAUGUUAAAUUACAAAUUGUAUUUUUACAUAGCUGGAAGCAAGACAAAAUAUGCCCUAUUUUGUACAGAUCAUCUACAAAAUUCUUAAAAUACUGACAAAAUGAAAAGGUUGUUCUAGGAUAGCAAUCCUAAGUUACAAUUAAGUGUACCUUAUUAAAUGGACAUGCAGCAGGUCUCCCUACAAUCUAAACGAACAUCCCAUUGCCAAUAAUUAGAAUACAUUUUUCUAAGUACAAGAAAAUUCUUUUGCUUAUGUUUGCUGAGCAUAUAGAUUUCAAACUAAUUUCUGGCCUAUUGCCUUCCUGACAUGCCUCCUUUUCAUUCCCACCAUUUCCCUACCUGUCAACUCUUUGAUAGCAGUUCUGAAGUAGAAGGAAAAUUUGAGUCUAAACAUGGGAUACAAGACACAUGGGGGAAGCUCAAAGGCAUACUAUUAAGUGGAGUCAUAGUUAGAGAGCCAGAGGAAGGGGGGAAAAAACUCUGCUUUCCCCUUACAGAUUGUCCAAAGAAAGCUGGGAGUUCAAGUAAGGGGGAAUAAACCUCAUUGCCUUGUGACCUUUAAGUACUUUUUGAUUCUUACCCAAAUCUCAGGCUUUUAGAUUGAAUUUAAUGGAGUUGAGAAUUUAUUUAUAAUGAAUUUAUAAUUUAUUUAUAAUCUGUUGGUAGUAUUGACAUUGGACAAUACCAUUAUCAGUUUAUGUUGUUGCUGGAAAUAAGGAAUAUUUAAAUAUUUCACUACUAUUAUUAACUUGCCCAAUUCUUUGAGCCAGAUUUCAGUCAUUUGAACUAAGGUUUCUGUGUAAGCUUUUAAUUUUAAAUAAAACUAAUACUAAAAGAAGCAGACAGAGCCUUGGUUCUAACGUCUCCAAGUUAAGAUGCUCAUUUGCUAAUCUCUAAAAAGGAUUGUGUAAACGCAUUAUUUGCACAUAGCACUAUGGUUAGUUAUUCAGAUAUAGUAGACUGGUAGGGGAAAUAUGGAGGAUAGGACAUUCCAAGAAUAUGCACACUUUGGAUGACAACUUGGACAUGGGAGCCAUAGGUGUUUUCAAUGUUUUGAAGCAUCUUAUGGAAUUUUUCAAAAUUUUCUUUUAUUUGUUAUUUGUCUCCCAUCCUUUUGUGUUUGUUCAGAGACCGGUGGUCAUAGUGGUUAGUGAGAAAUCUCAGAAUUUUGUCUUUUGGAAAUACUUGUUAUGCUUAAAUUAUACAUCUAAAAUCAUAGGAGGGUUUGGAUACUAGCAAACUCGAGAUUUUUAGCUGAAACCAAGACUACUUAUUCUUUAUUUGCCUUUUGUCUAUAACAAUCUCGUGUUUUUGUAUGGUGUUUAUAUUUGCUUGUCUUUGGUGGUGGGAAAACUUAAGACUCCAGAAUCCUUAUUUUCUUGAUUAUUUUCCUUGAUUAAGGUAAUAGAGUCAAUAGGAUGUGUGUGUGUAUAUAUGUGUGUGUGUUUGUGAUGUAUUUAUAUGUUGUCUUGAAAGAAAUAUUCUCAUGUGGAUGUAUAUUAGGGUAUAGUAAAAAUGGAAUUAUUCCAGUGUGGUAUGGUAGAUGACAUUUUGAAACUCAGGUGCAGAUUGAAAUAAAAGUUCCGGAGAAUAAUGUUCAUCACUUGCCAUUUCCCCAUCAUCAUUUUUGUUCUGAGUUCAUUUUUAACAAUUUAACUUAAAGUUGCCUGGCUCUGUGAUUACAAUUUUUAAAAUCUUGUGCCUAGAGUUUUAUUUUCAUAGCUGCUUUACUAUAGGGUAGACAUAUGCAUGUUUACAUUUAUGUAAAAUAUUUGCAGUGUAAAGUUUUAUAGUUUACUCUUUUAAAAAAAUCACUAUAUUUAAAUAAGAAAUUAAAGUCAGCAAUUCUUC